AUGGCCUUCAUCAAACAAGUCCGGACUUUGAUGUCCAAAAACUUCCGACAUGUACUACUCCGCCAUCCUACAAAGGUCAUUGUCAUGGCCUUCCUCGUGCCCAUCAUCCUGGCCGCCUUCUUCAGCUUCGCAAAGAACCUGUUUGUUCCGCCUGCGAUAUAUGGCUUCGGGUCGGUGCAUCCCAUCAAGUCUCUUUCGCAGGCAUUCGACGACGCUUUCGGUAGCGGGCGAGACAAAAUCGUUUUGAUCGAUAACGGAUUCACAGGGGGCAAUAUAGAGAAGGUGCUGGAUUCGCUCCAAUCGCAAAUCGAGGAGCAGGGCCCUCGCAUCGACAUCGUCAGGGCAAGCAGCGAAGAUACUCUAUUCACCGAGUGUCGGAGUAGCUUACGGGGAGUCACGGCCUGUUUUGGGGCUGUCGUCAUGCGGUCUUCACCAAACGAGGGAAAGGGGGGCAUCUGGAACUAUACCAUUCGCACGGAUGCUGAGAUGACGAGCAGCCCCAUCAAGAUCAAUGUGGACAAGAGCGAUAAUCCCGAGGAAGUUUACCUUUUGCCUAUUCAGCGUACCAUCGACGGCAUCAUAGUUGGCAUGAACCACACCAGCGCGCCUCAGACUCUCGCGAACACCCAGGAGAUGCCCUACACCAGCAUGACUCAGAAACAGAGAGAGAUCAAGGUAAGGGAAAUCUUCCACAAGGCCAUCACAAGCUUCAUGGGAGUUGCCUUCAUUGCCUCUGUGAUCUGGAUUUCAUACCACUUGACUGGUCACAUUGCCACUGAGCGUGAGACUGGCAUGUCGCAACUUGUAGAUGCGAUGAUGCCUGUUCGCAAACCGUGGAUGGCGCUGGCGGCUCGUAUCAUUUCUCACCAUCUUUCCUUCUCCAUCAUAUAUGCUCCGGCGUGGAUUAUAGGAUCCAUCAUUGUGAAGUAUGGUGUAUUUGCGUACACUAGUCUUGGUAUUGUCCUUCUCUUCCACAUCACCGCUGGUCUUGCCAUUGCCUCCAUGUCUAUUUUGUUUGCGUCUUUCUUCAAAAAGGCCCAGCUCAGCGGCAUCACCGCUAUUCUUGCCAUUCUGUUACUUGGUAUCUUGUCGCAGUCCCUGACACAGCCCACAACGGGGCCCGUAGUGAUACUGUCGCUGCUCUUCUCGCCCUGCGCCUAUGUCUACUUCAUCACGCUCAUGUCUCGCUUUGAGAGAAAAGACACAGCUACCAAUCUUGUCGAGGUAGCUCCGGGCAGCCCCUGGAAGCUUCCGGGCAUUGCUCUUUGGAUCUUCUUGAUCAUUCACAUUUUUGUCUACCCCUUUCUCGCCGCACUUAUCGAAAAGCGAUUUUACGGUACCUCAACAAAAGGUCGCAAGAUCUUGGGAGCUGGGGAUGACAGCCUUGGCGAUAAUGCCAUCCAGCUAGAUGGCUUCACCAAAAUUUACAAGCCUAGCUUCUUCUCGCGCCUGUUUGCAUUGGGAUCCAAGCCAAAGGAGCCUGUUGUGGCGGUCAACGGCCUCAGCUUUAGCGUUAGGAGAGGCCAAAUUGUGGCCCUCUUGGGUGCUAAUGGAAGUGGGAAAAGCACAACUCUAGAUGCCAUUGCUGGUCUGAAUAAACUAACAAGUGGAUUGAUCACGAUUGAUGGGCAGGGUGGUAUGGGUAUUGCGCCGCAAAAGAAUGUCUUGUGGGACGACCUAACUGUCGAAGAGCAUCUCAUCAUAUUCGACAAACUCAAGUCACCAAACGCGCCAGCGACUAAGGAGCAGAUCACCGAGCUGAUCAAUUCCAUUGACCUCCCUCAUAAACGAAAGGCUCUUGCGAAAACCCUAUCUGGAGGCCAAAAACGAAAGCUACAGCUGGGAAUGAUGUUGGCAGGUGGAAGUGCUGUUUGCUGUGUGGACGAAGUGAGCAGUGGUAUUGACCCGCUGUCUCGUCGGAAGCUUUGGGACAUUCUCUUGGCCGAGCGAGGAAAGAGGACUUUGAUUCUGACUACUCAUUUCCUGGAUGAGGCUGAUCUCCUUGCUGAUCAUAUUGCCAUCUUAUCCAAGGGAACACUGCGGGCUGAGGGCUCUUCCGUCGAACUAAAAGAUACGCUCGGAGGCGGCUACAGAGUUAACGUGCACAAAAACCCAGACAUUAAAGAUUCGCCCACUAUCGACGGUGUGAAGAAGAAGGACGCCUUUGAUCUGAUAACCUAUGUUGCCCCUACGUCCAAUCUAGCGGCCCAGGUUAUCAAGGCGCUUCAGAAGGCCAAUAUCACCGACUUCCGCUUCUCUGGCCCAACCAUAGAAGAUGUGUUCUUGCAGGUUGCCGAGGAGAUUAAGGAUGAAGAAGUUUUCCGAGAGACGAUCGUUGAAAAGAUGCCAGUCAAAGAUGACAACAGCUCUUCGCAAGGCUACAGCAGCCCCCCGAUGGAAUCGGGUCUUGGCCUCAAGCUUCUCGACGGCAGGCGAGUGGGGUAUUUCGAACAAGCUGUUAUUUUGUUCAAGAAGCGCUGGACAAUCUUGAAGAGGAAUUGGGUUCUCUAUGCUGUUGCGUUCGUACUUCCAAUUGCCGCGGCGGGAUUGACAUCUCUAUUUGUGAAGGGCAAUGGCCCAACAGGCUGCAAACCCAGCGAUCAAGCCUCGACCUCUGAUACAGAAGAUGCUUUCACUCAAAUCGGCGAUGAUGAGAACCUUGUUUUCCUUGCCGGGCCAUCUGACAAAUUCAACUUAUCCCUUGUUUCAAGUCUCUUCCAGCCCGUCUUUGCUGGCACCCCUGGUCCGAUCUUCAACAUUGCCGCAGCUUCUCUUGGCAACCUUCACCUUGUUGACUCGUUUGAUGAAUUCAACCAGUUCGUAAAAGACAAUUAUGAAAACGUGACUACGGGUCUCUGGCUCGGUGAUAGCACCACAAACCCCACCAUUGCGUGGGUUGCCAACUUGUUCGUCACGAGCCCACUCACGGCGCAGCAGUUCCUCGACGUCUUACUCACCAAUACUACCAUUGCAACAUCAUGGUCCUCCUUUGAUGUCCCUUACAAUCCUACAAUUGGCAAGGCUUUAAAUUUGGUCAUCUAUAUGGGGCUAGCACUUGCCUGUUAUCCCGCAUUCUUCGCCCUGUAUCCUAGCAACGAACGCAGAAAAUUUGUGCGCAGUCUGCAGUAUUCCAACGGUGUCAGACCCUUUCCGCUAUGGAUGGCCUAUCUGCUAUUUGAUUUUUCCAUGGCCCUUGUUGGCGCCGCCAUUGUUACCGCUCUAUGGGCUGGGCUAUCAAACAUUUGGUUCCAUAUCGAGUACAUCUUUGUGGUCCUCUUCCUAUACGGCCUGGCUUCCAUUUUGGUGGCCUACGUUGUAUCUCUGUUCACCAAAUCUCAACUUGCCACGUUUGCCUGGGCGGCUGCAUUGCAAGCGGUUUUCUUCCUCGGCUAUUUGAUCGCCUAUGUCUGUGUCGUCACGUAUGUCGAGGUCUCCAAGAUCGACAACACCCUUUUGGUCUGUCAUUACGUGAUCUCGGCAUUCAUGCCCAUCGGCUCUGCGACGAGGGCUCUAUUCCUAGCGACCAACCUUUUCUCGACUGCCUGCGACGGCAACGAACUUUCCACAAACCCCGGUGGCAUCAAACAAUACGGAGGCCCCAUUCUUUAUCUUAUCAUCCAAUCUUUCAUCUUGCUGGGACUCCUACUUUGGUUCGAUGGCGGUAAUGUAGGGUCUUCUGCAAGAGCUUUGUUUAAUCGCCAUAAACAUCCAGAAGCCUCCGCCCUGCCCGAUGAGGAGGUGGGCAAGGAAGUGGCUAGAAUCACGAGCUCCGCGGAGGAUGAUGGCCUAAAGAUUUUGCAUUUAACCAAAUCGUUUGGCAAGAACCUUGCCGUGGAUAACGUUAGCUUUGGUGUUAAGCGUGGCGAGGUCUUUGCUCUAUUGGGUCCCAAUGGAGCUGGUAAAUCCACUACUAUAUCGCUGAUCCGAGGCGAUCUGAAGCCGAAUCUAAACGGCGGCGACAUUUCCAUUGAAGGUGUGUCCGUGACAAAGAAUCUGGCGGGUGCGAGGGCAAACCUUGGCGUCUGUCCCCAAAUCGACGCUCUAGAUCAGAUGACAGUUCGAGAACAUCUCGAGUUCUACGCUCAAGUUCGAGGCAUCCCUGACAUCGAACACAAUGUCACUGCCGUCUUACAGGCCGUAGGUCUCAGUUCCUUCUCCACACGCAUGGCAGCGGCUCUCUCGGGCGGCAACAAGCGCAAGCUCAGUCUGGGAAUUGCCCUCAUGGGUAACCCCGGAGUCGUCUUGCUCGACGAGCCCUCGUCAGGUCUAGAUGCUGCAGCUAAGCGAGUCAUGUGGAAGACGCUCCAGGCAACAGUUCCUGGCCGAUCCAUCCUGUUGACAACGCAUAGCAUGGAAGAGGCCGAUGCAUUGGCGGGCCGUGCUGGCAUUCUAGCCAGGCGUAUGCUUGCCCUUGGCACGCCCGACGACCUUCGGCACCGCUUCGGCGAUGCUUUACACGUGCACCUUGUGUCGAGCACAGCGCCCAGAACGACAGACGAGGAGAUGAAUAUCAUAACGUCGUGGAUUCGCGACACUUUGCCCACAGCCAAGCUUGAAUCGAAGAUGUACCAUGGACAAUUACGAUUCUCGGUCCUCUCGAGCGAGGUUCUGUCCCUAACUAAAGGCCCAAGUGCCGAUGAUGUGACGCCCAUCGGGAGUGAUAUCAGUCAAGGCGCCAUUGGACGACUCAUUGUCUUAUUUGAAGAGAACAAGGCUCGUCUCGGCGUUGAGCACUACAGCGUCAGCACCACGACGCUUGAUCAGGUCUUUUUGGGCAUCGUUGGCCAGCACAAUAUUCAGGAAGAAAACCACGAAACAAAACCUGGUCUGUUUAAGAGGAUGUUGAGAUCUAAAACAUGA